GCCAUAAUUAAGACACGACAAACAGAGGAAGACGCGAGGAAACACAGAAGACACGGACAAAAGGGAGGACCGAUCAUCACCAAACAACCAACAAAGAGCACUCUGUCAGUCCUGAGCGAGGAGCGAUCGACUUGGCUACAGCGUCUAACUGACCAUCAUGGGACAGAAUCUAGACAAAGUGGAAGGAGGAGAGCAAGGUUUCAGUGAAGGAUCGGAGGAGGCGAAGCCCAGCCAUGACUCUGAAUGUGUGGGCAGUCAUGCAGGUGAUGUCAUAGAGGGAGAAACAUUAUGUGAAGACGAGGGCAGUAACUCCGGGGUAAAGCCAGAGUUUCAGGAUCAGGAGCCAACAACACCUUCUAGUAAGGAGCACAUGAAUGUGUGGGAGAGUUCUGCUGCUGCAAGAGAGGUGAGACAGGGAGGGGUUGCAGGAAAGGAGGAGGAAGAAGGAGGAGGAGGGAGGACUGCUCCACUGGUCCCACAUGAGACGGACAAGGACUGCAAGAGCAGUUUGAAAACUGUGGAAAGUGCAAGAGCUUGUAAGCGGUUCAGUCAGAUCAAGAGUGAGAAAAAGAUCAAGAUGGAGUAUCCGGCAGAGGAAACCUUACCACAUGAGGAGAACCAAGGUGAAAACCCAGAGGACGCAAGCUCUUUUCACAUCUCUGAACGGGGAUCUAUGAUGCAGAUGAGCAGCAGAUGUGGAGCUCAUGCAGGAAGUGAGUCUCUGCACUUUCAGGAUCUGAAUGAAACCAUGAUGCAUAAAGUUGAGAAUGAGGAUAUUAAGAUUUGCGCGGGAACAGUGGGCCGCUUGAGUGAGGGGAAAGAACCCCCACCUCAACCCCAGCAUCCUUUGAAAAACAGCCUUCAGAGGGCGCCUUUAUCAGACGUGAGUGAUACCAUUCACUGUAGACCUUCAAAGGAGAGCGCAGAAAGUAAAACUAAACAUGAAGCUGCCACCGAUGACCAAAGAGAGUUGGCAAGGGCUUAUUCACACGUGGAUACAGCUGACAUGAAUCCAGUUUCCACUGAACCCAGCUCUAUUUUGGAGAAGCUGCUUAAGAGGAAUAAAAAGGAGGCAACACCAUCCCUUUCUAAAAUAAAAGAAGUUCAUACUGACUGCAAGGACACCUCAGAUGUUCCUGUAGAUGUAAGUGCAAAGGAGGUCCUUGACAGUUCAGCAUUAGCAUCGCCUGGUGAUUGGAUUGAUCUUUCAGAAAGUGAUAUAAAGGGGAUUUUGUCCUCCUCUGCAGAUGGGAUACACAAUAAGCAUAAAGCAGAGUAUGCAACAAAAGAUUACACCAGUAAAGACCUGGAUGUGAAACAAGCAAUCUCUACUCACGGUGCAGCUUCAGAUUUGCUUUGUUUUGAGAGCUCAUGCCCAAAAUCACGUGAUUUCAGAGCUGAAGACAUAGACUCAACUGAUGCUUCAAACAAGCAGGAUGUGAAGAUAAAGGCAGAUAUAGGCCCUUCUGAGGGUGUAGGCUCGGAUGAUUUACAAUCAGCUGUUUCACGUGAAAAAAGUGAAGUGAGUGGCGAGGAAUCUGCACCUUCCUCUCUGUCUCCACCUACAAAGAAUGAUGGGCAAAAGACAGACACCAGUACUCUCAGACCUCCUUUGAAGAUAAGAAGUGAUGCUGAGAGCAAAAGCAACCCACAGUUAUCUGACUCUGAAAAGGCAGAUAGUCGGUCGGUCAGGAGAAGAGAGUCCCUGAAGAAAACUGUUGCACUAGCUGCAGAUGCUGGCUCAGUCUCGAGUUCAGGUGUUAAGGUUACCUCAGAGGAAAUCCACCAAGUCUCAGUCAGCAUGAGGAAGGAUGCUCAUAUGAUGCUUAACACAGAAAACAAGAUUCCAGAAGAUACUGCUAAAAAACCUGGCAAAGACGAUAAUGAUGACUCUAUCUCAGAGAGAAACAAGUCCCUGGGCACUCCCCGAUCAAGGCCUGUCUCUGAACUCAUAAAGGAGACAGUUCAGCUGCAUGAAAAGCUGCAGCACCAGGAGCGGCCAAAGCUAGCUGAACUCAAGUCGGAUGAGCAGAACCAGUCCGUGAAGGUGGCACAGAUGAAGGCGGCUUUUGAUUCUGCUCAGAAAACCCCCGAGAAGCCCAUUGAGAGGAAGCCAUCAAUGAGAAAAGAUAUGAGACGAGUUGUACGGCAGAGCAAAUUCCGUCACGUCUUCGGCCAGGCGGUGAAGAAUGACCAGUGCUACGAUGAUAUCCGGGUCUCGAGGGUCACGUGGGACAGCGCCUUUUGUGCAGUGAACCCCAAGUUUGUCGCCCUAAUUAUUGAGGCCAGCGGUGGCGGAGCAUUCCUCGUCCUCCCUCUGCACAAGACGGGCCGCAUUGAUAAAUCCUACCCCACAGUGUGUGGUCACACAGGCCCUGUGUUGGACAUUGACUGGUGCCCCCACAAUGACCAGGUCAUUGCCAGCGGCUCAGAGGACUGCACCGUGAUGGUGUGGCAGAUUCCGGAGAAUGGCCUAGUCACUUCCAUGUCUGAGCCAGUGGUGAUAUUGGAGGGCCACUCAAAGCGUGUGGGCAUCAUCACAUGGCAUCCAACAGCACGAAACAUCCUCCUUAGUGCAGGUUGUGAUAACCAGAUAAUCAUCUGGAAUGUGGGCACCGGUGAGGCCAUGAUCAACCUGGAGGACAUGCAUCCUGAUGUCAUUUACAAUGUGUGCUGGAACCGCAAUGGAAGCCUUAUCUGCACUUCCUGCAAGGACAAGUCCAUCCGGGUUAUUGACCCCCGCAAGCAGGAGAUUGUUGGAGUAAGUAGUUUGCAAAUAAAUUGUCAUAUUUUCUGUUUUUAUAUUGAACUGUAUCUGAAGUAUUUAAAAGGUAAAUAUGAAUUCAGGUGCAGGGAUUUUUGAUUUGGAAGUAGAGAGACUAGUAAGCCCCGGUA